AUGCAUAAAUUUGUUACCUGUCAGGUUUGUCAAAAUGGUUUUCAAUUGGUGACGAAGAUGUCAGACUAUCAUGUGCUUGAUAAUCUCCCCAUUGAUAAAUGGAAGAGAAAUAGGAGAAGAAAUAGCUCUUCUGAUGCAACGCAGCAAGACAAUCCUUUUGAGAAGGUUGAGUCUCCUCAAGAAACUAAAGAUAGGUCUCCUGAAUUGUCAGAGAAGAGAACGUUUCAAGUACCAAAGUCUUCCAAAACAACCAUUAAUUCUCUCAAAAUUGAGAACUUCUUGCUUCUCUUUACGCUGAAAGCUGUGCAAGAGCUCCUUGCAAGAACUGGUGAAAUCUGCAGUUUUUGGAUGGACCAAAUAAAGACCCAUUGCUAGGUCACGUAUUCUUCGGUACAGGAAGCCAUAGAGAACAGAAAUGCUGUUUACAACCUCCAAUGGCCACCAAAAGGAGGUCGUCUCCUGGUUGCAGAUUUUGUUGAUCCCCAACAGGUGCAAACCAAGAUAGACGGACGGGAGCCUGCUACUCCAGCGGCAAAACGCAGUCCUGCAGGUCGCAAACAGCAGGUUAAGCCAGAACAUCCACUCACGCGCCAACCACUACCUGCUCCUCCUACUACACCAUCAAUAAAAGAGAGGUUGGCUCCACCUGCUUGGCAGCAGGGUCGCAAACAACAGGUUGAGUCAGAACAUCCACUCACCCGCCAGCCACCACCUGCUCCUCCUAGUGCGCUACCAAUAAAAGAGAGGUUGGCUCCACCUGUUGCUGAUAAAAAUAACCCCCCUGUUAUUACUUUGGAUGACAUCUUCAAAAAGAUCAAAGUCGCUCCCCGUAUCUAUUAUUUGCCGCUGAUUGAUGAAGAAGUUGCUAAAAAGCUUGCCAGUAGAGGAGGUGCUGAGAACUAG